AUGAACGGCAUUCACGACAUGGGCGGCAUGCAAUGCAUGGGCCCGAUCGUUCGCGAAGAAAACGAGCCUCAGUUCCAUGAGUCUUGGGAGGGCCGGGUCUUCGGCAUGUUCUUCACCAACUUUGCCGAAGGCCACUUCAACGUGGAUAUGUUCCGCCACGCCAUCGAGCGGAUGGGCCCGGCCGAGUACCUCGAAACCUCGUAUUACGAGCAUUGGCUGCACGCCUACGAGACCCUGCUGGUGGAACGCGGCGUGCUGACCGAGGCCGAAAUCGAAGAGAAGAUCGCGAGCCUUCGCCAGGCGGGAGAGUCGUGA